CUGAUUUUAUGGGGUCCUAGAGAUGAAACCCUCUCAUACAUUCACUGAGGCUUUGGAGCUCUGUCACCCAGGGGACAGUGCUAGCUGCUGCUUUCCAGUUCCCAGUGUGCAACCCCACUUUCCCUGGGCAGUUGUGACAUGCAUGUCACCAGCUGUAGUGACAAUUACUGAUUGUGAGCCUGCUGACAGCACCCCAGCAUGCUGGGGUGUCUCACCAGUGUCCUUGUACAGACAGAUGAGUGGUCUGGGUUUGGGAUGCAGAGUGCUCAAAAUGGGGGCUCAGUUGCUGACCCCAUGCUGGCUCAAUGUUGAAGCCAGGGGUGUCUUGAGGGCCUGGGGGUCACAGUGACUGCUCCAGGUCUGAGGACACCCCUAAGGUGAGGCCUGGCAGUCACCCUGCUGACUGGACUUAGUGAGCCAGGUUUUGCUGUGGACGCUGCAGUGAGUGUGGACAGAACCAGCCCAGAGCGCUGCUGUGCACAUUUCUUGGAAUGAAGAACUGAAGACGGCCUCCUCUUACAGGCCGGCUUCCAAGAUUACACCUUCUUCUGCUCCUUUCCAACUCUGUGACCCUCCAAGGCUCUGCCUCUCCGCUCGGGAAUGGCAUCAAUGCAGCCGGCAGCCCUACUCCAGUUCCCAAACCUCAUGUCAUCCAGUGGGCCAUGCCUCCCCCAGCCCCAGCCAACAACCCCUGUUCAUCCAGAGAAAGUGGCCAAGCCAUCUCCUCAGACCCAGAGUGAUUCCCGUCUGCCGAAGGAGCCAGCAGCACCACCGUCACGGCAGGUGCCCCGCCUGAGGGCCGUGGUGGAGAGCCAGGCCUUCAAGAACAUCCUGGUGGAUGAAAUGGACAUGAUGGUCUCCCGGGCGGCCACCGUCAUCCAAGCCAACUGGAAGGGCUACCGGCUGCGGCAGAAGCUUAUCUCACAGAUGACAGCAGCCAAGGCUAUCCAGGAGGCCUGGCGUCGCUUCAGCACACGCCGGCUGAUGCGCUCCAACAAGCUGACUGUAAGGAAAGGUAAGAAGGAAGAGGAGGGCGACAUCCCCUACCACCCUCCACAGCAGGUGCGCUUCCAUGCCCCAGAGGACCAGCCGCCAGUCAUGGUGAGCAAGGAGACUCAGUUCCCAUCCUCCGACAACCUGGUCCAUUCACACAGCACAGCAGUCCCAGGUACCGGUGCCACUGGAGCCCCCACGGGUGGCCUCAUGCCACAGCAGUCUGUGACUGGCAGAUUCACAGGUCCCAAGUAUCCACCCUGCAUGUUGACCAAGUCUGUCAGGAGCUCCUGUCUCAUCAGGCACUUGGAAGGGGACAGUGUGAAGAGCAGGCACGUGGCUUCCAAGACCAUCAAGUCGGGAACCCCAGAGUCAGCAGCGUCUGGGAGAUAUGGCCAGGCCAUCCAUGGAACCCUGAAAACCCAAACCCAGGUCCACAUUGAAGCAGAUGUCCCCAAGGCUUCACUGCAUAUGUAUCCGGUCAACAAAACUCCUACCAAGGUGUGCCCAGUGACUUCCACCCCUAAGGCCCUGGCCACAGUGGCCAUGGUGGCCACAACACCCAAGGGUCCACUGCAGACCUACCCCACAUCCCCAGCGACAGUCAUGAAGAUGCAGUCACCAACCUGCCCGACUUCCCCAGUGGCCAGGCCCCUGGCUCAUGUGCGACCCAACCCUUCAUUCUCUAGCGGUCCACCUCAGGUGCGGUCUGUGGUCCCCAUGGCCAGGGUACAGCCCCCAGGGUCUGGUGUGACCUCCACAGUCAAGGCCUCACCACGCCUAGGGGUUCCUGUCAAUAAGGGCCCACUUCAGACUGGCUCUGGUCCCGUGAUGGCAAAGACUUCACCCCAGAUGCGUUCAGUGACCAGAAGUCAACCUCAGACAUGUGCAGUGUCUUCUUCAUCCAAAGCCUCCUCCCAGCCGAGCCCUACAGUCAAACCCUCACCACAGACUCGCCUGGCGGCCAUGAUAACCAAGACCCCAGCUCAGAUACGCUCUGUGGCUGCUGUGCUCAGGACCCUGUGCCUGGUCCCUACAGUGACAGCCUCAAGUCCCAAGGGUUCACCCCAAACUCCAGUGGUUGCUGGAAUUUCCAACGCCCCAUCCCAGGUCCACCUGAGCAGCCCAAAGGCCAAGGUCACUGUGAGCACCAAGCAGACCACUGCAGUCGUCAGGGUGACUUCUCAGGCUUACUUGGCUGAGGGGAAGGGCAGGUGUGGACCCCGCGGACGUCUAGGCACUGUAGCUCCUAAACUUCCAGCCAAGUCUCCAUUGGAAGUAGAGAAGAUGAAGCCUGGGCCCCCAAGGGCACCCAAGAAGGAAGCAGCUCCCAAGACUAAUGUGGCCAUUGUAGCCAGGGCUCUGUCUUGGACAAAAGUGGCAGAAGACAGGAGCAGACCCUUGACUCAGACCCAGCAGAAGGCAGAGGUUGUGAAGGUGCACUCCAGGGUGUAUAUACCUGAAGAGAUGACCGUGACCCUGUCCCAAGCCCAGCUGGCUGUCCCCCUGACCAAGGCUACCUCCCAAGCCCAACCACUCUUUGGCCACCCUGGGCCCCUGCCGACCUCACCCCUUUCUAAAGCCAUAUCGCAGUCUCGUUUGUCAUCUGGGCUGGCCUCGGGCCUACCUGAGGGACAACGCCCACCCAUAGGUUCCUCUGCUGCCCUGUCCUCCUCACCACUGGCUGCACACCUGAUGUCACUCACAACCCAGCUCCAACCUGCUGGUGAACAGAACAGAUCCAUGUCCCGAGCUCCUCUGGCCACGUUGUGUCCAGCCACAGGCUCCCCUCCGGCACGCUCCCUGGGGCUGACCUUUGUUCCCCCUGAAGGAUAUCCAAACACAUGUCCGCCUGCCUCCACUUCCCAGUACUUUCACCCCACGAGAAAGUCAUCGCAGCCGCCUCCACCUGCUGAGCACGCAAAGAUCACAAACACCAAAAUCACCAAGGCCACGUGUGAGGUCUGUCCCCCAAGUAAACUCAGUAAGGCCCCAUCCCUGGCCCAGCUCAUCACAUGUCUGGCCAAGGUUCCAUCCCAGGCCCAUUUGCCCAUGGGGCUGGCGAAGGCUCAGUCUCAGGCUCAACUGGCCUCCGAAAUGGCCAAGUGCCUCUUGGCUUCCCACCCUGCCACUGACCUCAGUAGUAAGACCCAGUCACAGCCACUCCUGAGCACAUCCAAGCCAUCCGUCCAGUUCUGGCAACAUUUUGGAACACUUAACUCUGGACCCCAUGCCAAGCCAGAUGACAGGAGCAUGACCCAGCCCCAGCUCCAAAGCCAUGCACGAAACAAGGCCACGCAGAACCCACGCUCAGUGGCCACAGAUACCCAAGGUAUGCAGGUACCUCUGCUGACUCCCUCUGGACACCCUGUGUGCAAUGGAGAAUCCUGGGGUGACAGCGGACAGGCACGGAUGCCACCUCCACCCCCUAUGCCCAGCCAGGCAGUGCCCUGCCAUGAAGACCUGGCGGCGUCCAUUGCAUCCCUGUGUGCAGACCUGGUGACCAUGCUGGGCUCCACCGACGACCUGCGAACACUCCUGGCCAAGACACUCUCUCAGGGGGAAGUAAGGACAGCGCUGAGCCAGGCUCUGUCUCGGGAAGUCUUAGGGCCUUCUGUGGUCAAGGCCCUGCCUCAAGGCAUGCUGGGAAUGGCAUUGAUGAAGGCACUGUCAUGGGGUGAACUGGGCAUCUCCCUGUCCCGGGCCCUGUCCCGUGGUGAGCUGCGUCCAGAACUCAGCAAGGCCACACAGGGCAAGCUGGCUGAGGUUCUGUGCAAAGCCUUGACGGAAGAUGAGAAGGCCACACUCAGCCAGGCGCUGUGCCAGGGUGAGCUGGGAGCUGUUUUCACUCAAUCCCUGGCCCAGAUGGCCCAGAGGACAGGCACCUUCCCCACCAAGGCCACCUCGAAAACGGUGGGAAGCCGGAUGACUACGGCGCCUGCCCCAGUGGAGGUGACUUGCAGCGGGAGUCUGUCAGUUGCGUGGGGACCUGCGCUGGGUUCUGUGCAAGCACGGUGUAGCAAGGUCAGGCUACUAUGGAAGGGCUUGCCCUGGGGGCAACAUGACGGGAUCCUGUGUGGGGAAGGGGAUGGGAGGAUCGUGGAGGGGUCACCCUGCUUGCCACAGUCCCCCAUAAGUUCCUUUUCUGGAGGGAUGGUCACCAGCACUUACCAGUGUCCCCCACUGACUUGGGAGAGGGAUUUGGGAUACUCUUCUGGUCUGUACCUGAGGCCAUUGAAUCUUGACCCCAUGGCAUGUGGUGAGGGUCCCCAUGUCCCCAGGCGACCUUCCCAACAGCCACCUCUUUGUCCAUGGCAGCCACUUGUUGCCAACGGUGCAGGCCCCAGCAGUAACCAGCCAUCCGUGGCUAACAGCUCAGCUCCAAGCUCCCACCAGCCACCUGUGGCCAGCAGGGUGUCCUACCCAUGGGCGUCGAACCAACAGGGCAGCGUGGUGGCCAGCAAGCAUUCAAGUGGCGUGGAUGGUGGGAAGCACCCCAUGUCCCAGUGGCUCCCCACCCACUGUCAGGGCAGUGAGUGUCAGUGUGCGAACCUGGGGACACACAAGAUGUCUCCCUGUGGGCAUUGCUCUUGCAGAGUCAGGAGUCACAGCUCAUCACCCAGGCAGACCGUCAGGCAAUCGGGUCAUAGACUAGUGUCGCCGCUGGGCCAUAAGAAAAUGGUCACCGUAGUGAGGAACAUAACAGAUGAAGAGAUUGAUGGCGUAAAUUCUAAAUCACAAAAAGUCUCCAGCACGUCCACCUCAAAACAGGAGAGGCACCCCCGAGUGUCCUUGCCCCCGUCCUGUCCCCAGGGUCAGAACACUGGCCGUCAUCACACGUCCCUUCUGGAUGAGUUACUAGCCACGUUCCCACAGCACCCACAGAUGGUGUUAGCCAAAAGCUACCCUAGGGGUUCAGCUGCUCACUGCCAGGAUGGCAGCGGCUCUCUCAGCUCCCUGCAGAGCGGCGACUCAGGCAGUCCCUCCUCAUCACCCAGCUUGACACCUUCCGAAGUUCUGGAAGGUUGCAGGGAGGGUGACUUGAAGGACGGCCCACAGCCAGUGUUGAAAGAGUCCAGGGAGGCGAGGCACAAGUCCCAGGGGCGGCUGGAACAAACGUGGCUAGUCGGUUCUCAGCACACGGAACGCCCGUCCAAACAGCCGUCCCUGGAACUUGGGUCCCUCUUCCUCCAUAGCACCAGCCUGGCCCUGAAUGUUCACUGGGACUCAGACAGUGGGUCCGAGUACAGCACUAGGGACCUGAUGGAGGUAUUGUCCCGGGACACAGCUGCUCCCUGCGGUAGGAGUCGCCAGGUCCAUACUGGAGAUGGGCAGCCAAAUGGGGUCACUCGGCUGGAUCCUACCCUACCCCAGGACAUGCUGGCUGAUGGGAGAGCCCCAAGCCCUGGUCAGGCACCUGAAGCCAGUGAGGGAUCACCAUGCCAAAGUCAACCAUUAGAUGCUACAAGGCUGUGUCCAAGCCAAUCCCAGCCUGCAUGGCCCAGUUCUGUGUCCCCCAGCCUGGCCCAAGCAUCCAUGGACACUGGGGUGGCCCCAAGUCUGAACCAUCCACCUGUGGCCGCUAAGCUGUUCCCAACUUUAGCCCAGUCAUCUAUGGACACAGGGAUGACCCCAACGCUGAGAGAACCACUGAUGUAUUAUGAGUUAUCCACAAAUUUUAAUCAGCCAUUUCUGUACUGUGGAGAGCCCCCAAUCUAUACUCAACCACAUAUGGCCUCUGGGGUACCCUCAAACUUUACCCAGACAUCCGGUACUAGAGUAGUGGCCUUAGGCAACCAGGCAGUAAACAGUGGGGUAGCUUCAAGCCAGGUCCAGCUGUGUGCCACUACCCACGUAGCCCCAAGUGUCACUCAGUCCCCUGUGAACAGCUGGCCACCACCCGGAUCCUCUUCCAUUCCCGUACAGGGUGCAGGGUCUCCAAACUCAGCUCAGACAUCUGUAGCCACCAGGGUAUCCCCGAACUUUUUCCAACCAUUUAUGCCCUACAGCGUGCCAUCAAAUUUCACCCAACCUUGUUUGGCCACGAUUGUAACCCCAAACUUUGUACAGCCAUCUAUGUCCCACAGUGUGUCUGCAAGCCUAGCUCAGCCUUUUAUGGUUAGUGUUAUGUCCCCAACCCUAACCCAUGCACCUGUGGCCACCUUGGGAACCCUGAGCCUGCUGCCGCCCACUGUGGUGUGUGGUGUGGGUCGUGGGGACAGCAAGUCAGCUUUAGGCCCCCAGCAGCGUGCACGUGAGGACAGCAGUGCAGCUCAGAGCCAGCUCUCCAUGCCCUCUCCGUGUGUGAGCAGGUCAGCCCAGCCCUCUCUAGGAGUCUGCUCAGGAGACAAAAAAAUCAGAGGCCAGGCCAGCCCUCAGGAUGCCACCGUCCACUCUGAGCCGACACCGGCCAGCAAGAGGCCCCCAGAUCCGGGAGCUCAGCCCAUGGCACCUGCAGAGGAUGUUGGCCUGGCCUUAGGGGCUAGUGCCCCAUGUCAGACUUGGUUCAGGGGUGUAGCUCCAGGGGCGCCCCAGGGGCCUGUGGCUGCUGGACUGUGGCUAAGUAUGUGCCAGAGGGACAACCCAACCCCCAUGGCUGUGGUGACUACAGGUGUGGGCCAGGACCCGUGCCCAGCUGUGAUGCCCAGUAUGCAGGUGCCAUCCGAAUUCUUCCCACCCCAGCUGGGCACCAGCUUCCCUCAGACCUGUGUAGACCCACAGCUCCUCUCUACGGCCACCGUGGUCUCACCCAGCUGCCGGUACGCAGGUGUGGUCUUUCCAGAUGCAGCAGUGGCUCCUGUGGGUGGGGCUUUGGUCCAGGGUUCUGUAGAUGGAAACACGCCCUUUGCACUGGUCCCCAAGCCUGUGGUUGAAAGUGAGGCGCUCAGCCUUCCUCGAGGGUCUGUGAUCAGGGGCAUAGGAAAGAGUACCACCCCAGAGCCCAUGGUGGAUGGUGUAGCCCGGAAUGUCCCCCCAGAGUCCAUGGUGGGUGUCAAGGCCCAGAAUCUACCUCUAGAAUCAGUAAUCAGUGGUGAAACUCGGAGCCCUGACCAAGAUACUAGGGCCUGUGAUGUGGCCCUCAGCCUCCCUCCAGGUUCUGUGGUCACUGGCGUGGCCCCUACGCACCCUCAAGAGACCAGUGGUAGUAAGGAAAAACUGAGCCCGGCUGAGCCAAGCUCCCAUCCUCCAGGCCCACACCCAGGUAGUGUGGCCAAUGGCACAGGCCCUAGCAUGUCUCUGGGCUCUGUGACUCCAGCAUCCAUGCUGGCAGGCAUCAGUCCACGACCAUAUCAGACAGCACAGGCUGGAGAGAACUCCUGGGUUCCCUUCCUGGCACCCCAUGUCACCAGCCUGGCCAGUGCCCCAGAAGUCCAGAGAGGGGCCCAGGACCGACAACACUCGCCCACAGUUUUGCUAAGUGCCUCACAAUUUAGCCAAGACCCUGGGCUGACAAAGCUAGUGGGUGUUGAUAACCUGACCUUGCUGAAGCUGAGAGAAGUCGAUGACAUGGUGUCCUUGACCCUGGAGUCUGGCAGAGACCCUGUCAAAUCUGAAGGUCUCGAAAUCACCCCAACGACGGGCCUUGGCACCACGGGAGGCCAGAACCAUGAACUUGUGGCUUUGGAAGCUGAAAAUGUUAUCAAAGACCAAGUGGCCUUGGCAAAGGAGGCUCCCAGCCAAGCUAGCGGUAUCACCCCAGUCCCUGUACAGGCCCCAAGUUUAGGUGAGCACCCUAAAGCCAACAGCAUCACCUCUGUUCAGCCCUUAUCCUCAGAGAGCAGCAGCGGUCCUCCUAGCGUCCACCCUGCUUCUGGGCCCCCAAGCCUGCAGAAGGCCCCCGUGGUUGGCAGUUCAAGCCUACUUCCAGCUUCCAAUGCCAUCCCGGUGCCACCACAGCUGAGUUCCAGCAUUGCUGGCACAGCCAAGGGGCCUCUGGAGUCAGAGGUCUGUACAGGAGACCCCAGCAUUCUGCAGAGCUCAGGGGGGACUAACUUAGCACCUCCAACUAAAAUUAGGGCUUCCGGUGUCUCUCAGAUGGGAGAAUCCCAGCACCACACGGCUGCUAGAACGUCCUCCCACUCCAUCCAAGGCAGCCAUGUCUCAGAACUUCUAGAAGGUUCUAUGGGCAGAUUGCUACCAUUCAGUAGCCCACUGACGCCAGCAUCUCAGCUGUCAUCAGAGAGUCACAAGCAGUCCUCAGGGUCACCCAUGGUGGGAGAUGGGAGGGGACAGAAAGCACCCUCAGGAGUUCAAGGGAUGUCACCAAAUGGCUCCCGGAGACCCCUUCUUGAUGAAGCUGCCCAUGACACCGUACACUCUGGCCAGCCAGGAACAGGUCUGACCCUUACCACACACCCAGGUCAGAGGCCCACUUUUGUCACGGGCCCUGGAGUUGGCUAUGAUGGGGGCUCCCAAAUCCCCACUGCACCUCAUGGCUACAAAUAUCAUGUCACAGUCCCUAAAACUAGUUUUGAUAAGGGUCCCCGAAAAGUCCCCACCAUGCUCUAUGGCCACAGACUUCAGUAUAUCACAAUGCCCCAAACCAGCCUUGAUAGAACAUCCCAGGCCCGCACCACAGCCCACAGUCAGACUCCCCAUCAUGUUGCAGGACCCCAAACUGGCUUUGGUCGGGUCUCCCAUGCCUACAGAACACCCCACGGCCACAAACCCCAUCUUGUCACACACCCUAAAACUGGCCAUAAUAAGGUAUCCCCACCCCUCACUGUACCCCAGGGCCCCGUGGAUGCUGGCCUGGCUGCUGGCCAGUCAUGGAAUUCCAAAGUCCCCAACGUAUCGGCCAGAGCCGCGGCAAGUGCUGGGCCACCCCAAGGCCCAUGGCAUCCCAGCAGGGGCCACAGGCCAUGGGACCCCUUGGGGGCAGAGGCAGCGCUGGACCAGAAGCCCUCAGCUGAGCUGCUGGCAUCAGUCCGUGCCAUGGAGAAGGUUGUUGUUCAGGCUGUCGUCACCAUCCAGGCAUGUGCGCGUGGCUACUUGGUGCGCCGCACUGUGAAGGUGUGGCAUCAGUGGGCCACCAUCAUCCAAGCUACAUGGCGUGGCUACCGUGUGCGACGAAAUCUGGCGAGGCUGCUUAGAGCCACCACCAUCAUCCAGGCAGCUUGGCGCGGCUACUGCGCUCGCCGUGAUCGGGCCCACCAGGUGUUGCUCCCUACGACGUGGCCUGAGCACAGUGGCAGAGCCCAGGGGACCUCUGACACCAGGAACAGCUCAGAACACCGCUGCUUCCUGUCCUGCCAACCUGAUGUCUGCAGUGUCUGCCAGGCCCUGGGGCCUCAGGUGGCGAGUCCCCCCAGUGUUGUGAUGCUUGUGGGGUCCCAGCCACGCACCUGCCACUUGUGUGGCCACACACUGUCUACUCGCGUGGUGCAGGGCUUUGGCCAGGGCAUCUCAGGCCAGUCUGGCUCUCGCUGGGCGUCUCAGCAGUGCCCCCUGCUCAGCCAGCAGCACAGAGCGGCCAUCCUUAUUCAGGCGGCCUGGAAGGGCUACAGGACCCGCCGCCAGCUGAGCCAGCAGCAGUCUGCAGCCAAGAUGGUUCAGGCCACAUGGAGGGGACAUUAUACACGCAGCUGCCUCACCACGGAUGCCCUCUUGGGAACAGGAGGCCCAUGGAACAUCUCCAGGGAGACUUCACGCUGUACCUCGAGGGCUUACUCUUCGCACUGGCCUGGUGUCUAGGCGCUUGGCUGUGGACAGAGACACUUGGUGGCCAUGGUGUCCUGUGGCUCUUGUGAAUACAAUGCACUACAGCCU